ACCGGUACUACAUGUAUUAUUACCAUAAUUUGUUUUAACAGGUGUUCUACCUCCCAACGGCGUUGCUGGGUGCCCCACCGAGUCAUAUUCUAGUCCACACCCAAUUGAACGUUCUCUACCAGUUCUGGAUUCAUACAGAGACUAUUUCCUCCCUGGGACCUCUCGAAUAUAUCAUCAACACCCCAUCGCAUCAUCGAAUUCAUCACGGAUGCAACCGAUACUGCAUAGACAAAAACUAUGCAGGAGUGCUCAUCAUCUGGGAUCGAAUUUUUGGGACGUUUGAACCCGAAGGUGAACAAGUUGCCUAUGGCCUUACCCACGCAGUCAGCACUUUCAAUCCGAUCAAACUCCAACACAAGGCUCCGAUGCAGAAAUAUCAGCCACAGAGUGUCAGGCAUGUUCAGGUCUAUGCCUUCAUACAGUUUCUAACUGGUGUCAUGACACAUGCCCAGUUCAUGGCCAUACACAAGACUUGGCACUUCCAUCAAGCGCUCCUGUUUCUUGGCUACAUGGGACUCUCGACGUUGAGCCUUGGACUGAUACCAACCCGAACUGCUCCAAUAGGACCUGACCAAGGAAUAUCUGAUAUGCUCAGGGCAGCAGAAGCAGCAUUGAUGGCCAAAACUUCAGGGUCAUGCACACCAUCCACUGACAGGAGAUUACAAAUGAUCUGUGUUUCUCCUGAAAAUGCAAGAGGGAACAUGGGUCUUAAAGACCGGUCAAUCAUGCGACUGGUGAGGACUUCCUUGUCGGUGGGACCUCGUUCCCGUCGAAGAAAGUUCAUGGGGAUGCGUCCAGCUGCAGCUGCUUUCUGGCGAAAGUCAACACUUACCCUGCACAUGGCCCGGAAUUGCGUCCAAGAAGCAGGCGGGCGAGACCUGCCAUGCAAGCGUCUCAUGGGCUGUAUGAGGAUCACGCUCAUCGUAGAAUUGACGGAAGCUUCAACGAAAAGACAUCACACAUCGGGUCCUGUCGACCACGAGGAAGAACGAGCUGCGCCUGCCGGGGAAGCACGUGGAGUGCAGCCUACGAGGGGCCAUGAUCGAACGUCGCGACACCUCUACUACUUCGUCGGCGAGAAUAGAUUCGACGUACACUGUUUUCGGAUUGAAUUGGUACCCCCCACCCCUCCCCCCUAG